AUGGGAGAUCGCCCUUAUGUGAAAAAUGAAAAGAAAGGUGAUAUAAAAUCUAUAUUGCCAUAUUUACCUAAAGUCGAUCAAGAUUUACCAAAUAGUAAUUAUAUUAUUGUAAAUAAUGAUAUUGCCGAUAUGCCCUCUACUAAUUUAAUAAAUUCAUAUGAUAAUAUUAAAGAACAUGUUAAUAAUAUAUUAAAAUAUAUAGAUCCAACAAUUGAUCCAUGUAAAGAUUUUUAUAAAUAUACAUGCGGUAAUUGGAUAAGAUAUCAUCAAAUACCAAAUGAUCAUGAUUCAUAUAAUUUAUUUGAUAAAUUAAAUGAUCAAUUAAGAGAUUCAAUAUAUGAUAUUUUAACAACAGAAAUUAAUUCAGUUAAAUCAGAUGAUAGUAUUGUGAAAACAACAGAAUUAGCUAGAAUAUUAUUUAAUUCAUGUAUUGAUAUGAAUACAAUAAAUGAUAGAAAAUCACAACCAUUAUUAGAAUUUUUAAAAAAAUUAAAUGGUUUUCCAUUAUUAGAUAAGAAUUGGAAUGAAAAUGAAUUUAAUUUAGAAGAAAUUUUAAUACAAUUAUCAUUAUAUGAUAUGGAAAAUAUAUUUCAUUUUGCUGUUGAUACUGAUUUAGAAAAUACUAAAAAAUUUAUAAUAUAUAUAUUAAAUCCAUCAUUAGGAUUGGAUAAUGAAGGUGAUUAUUUAGAAUCAGAUAAUAAUUUACAUUUAAAUGCAUAUCGUACUUAUAUAAUUGAUAUAUUAAAAAUUUUAAAUGCAAAUGAAUAUGAAGUUGAAAAUGUUGCUGAUGAAAUUAUUGAUUUAGAAAUAAAAUUAGCAAAUGUAACUGAUAUUAAAGAAUUAACAUUAAUAGAAUUAUAUAAAUCGGAAACAAUUGGUGAUUUAAUGAAAAAUUAUCCAAAAUUUAAUUGGAAAUAUUAUUUAAAUAAAAGUUUCAAUAGCAAUUUUAAUGAUGAUACAAAAAUUGGUUUUUUUACUGGUCCUAAAUUGAAAUUAAUUUAUGAUAUCGUUAUUAAUACAGAUAAAAGAAUUAUGGCAAAUUAUCUUAAUUGGAUUGCUAUUGAUCGUUUGGUUAAAUAUUUAGAUGAUGAAUUUAAAGUGCCAAUAGAUAAUUUAAGUAAGGCAAUUAGUGGAUCUGAAUCGGAUACACAAAAUCGUGGCCUUUCUUGUGCAACUACAACAAAUAUUAGAUUGGGUACAGCUGUUAGCGCAAUUUAUAUUAGAAAAUAUUUUGAUGAGAAUGCCAAAGCAGAAGUUUUUAAAAUUGGACAAGAAAUAAAAAAUAUUUUUCGAGAAAAUCUUUAUGAUUCUGAAUGGCUUGACGAUGAAACAAGGCAUUUAGCUGAAAUAAAAGUUAAUAAAACUGGAUUAGAUUUAGGAUUUCCAAAUUUUUUAUUAAAUGAAACAGCACUAAAUAAAUAUUAUAAGGAUUUGGAAUUACAAAAUGGAAAAUAUUUUGAAAAUAUUUUAAAUAUUAGAAAAUUUACAGUUGCAAGAGAUUUUCGUAAAUUAGAUAAAAAUUAUGUUGCAGAAGAUGAAUGGUCAGUAAAUCCAACUGUAGUGAAUGCAUAUUUUGAAAAUCCAAAAAAUCGUAUUAUUAUGCCAGCUAGCUUUCUACAACCACCAAUUUAUAAUAAAAAUUUUCCAAAAUCAAUGAAUUAUGGUGCAAUUGGUGCAUUUAUAGGACAUGAAUUAACACAUGGUUUUGAUUCUGAUGGAAGAUCAUUUGAUAAAGAUGGUAAUAUUGGUAAUUGGUGGACAAAUAAAUCACUUGAAUUUUUUAUGGAAAAAGAACAAUGUUUUGUUGAUCAAUAUGAUAAAUUUUUAUUAUAUAAUCAUUCUUUAAAUGGUCAUCUAACAAGACGAGAAAAUAUAGCAGAUAAUGGUGGUUUACAAUUAUCUUUUAAAGUAUAUCGGAAAUGGUUAAAUUCUAUGAACGAAGAAGAAAAACAAAAUGAAAUUUUACCAGGCUUGGAAUUUUUAGCGCCAGAACAAUUAUUCUUUUUGAGUUUUGCACAAUCCUGGUGCGAUUUUAUAAGACCCGAAGCUGUAGAAACAAAAUUAGCAGACGUACACCCACCAGGUGCUUUUAGAGUUCUAGGUACCUUACAAAAUUUUGAUGAAUUUGCGAAAGCAUUUCAAUGUCCACUGAAUAGUCCUAUGAAUCCUUCGAAAAAAUGUAAAUUAUGGUAGAAUACGGUUAAAU